GGAGAAGAGGGUAACGUUUUUCGUAAGAGAUCGUUUGUUGGAUUCGCAGUCGUAUAAGAAACAAUCAUCAGAAGAAGAAGAAUUCGUAAAUCGGAUUUGAAGUCGUAUAAGAAACAAUCAGCAUCCGAAGAAUUCGUAGAUAAUACGGCGACUGACGACGAAACCAGAACGGAGAAGAUAUGUUGCAAAAACCCCGACGUAGGUGCGAGGGCAUGGCCAUGGGUGCCAUCGUAUUGGAUCUUCGUCCCGGUUUCGGAAUUGGACCUUUUUCCCUAGGAAUGCCGAUAUCUGAAGCUUUUGCUCAGAUUGAGCAACAACCUAACAUCUAUGAUGUUGUUCAUAUGAAAUAUCUAGACGAGGAGCCUUUAAAGCUCGAUAUAGUUUUAAGCUUCCCAGACCACGGCUUUCAUCUUCGUUUUGAUCCUUGGUCACAGAGGUUACGCUUAAUUGAAGUAUUUGAUGUCAAACGAUUACAAAUGCGAUACGCCUCUUCUCUCAUUGGGGGGCCGUCAACUCUGGCAACCUUUGUAGCCGUUUAUGCUCUUUUCGGACCCACGUUUCCUGGAAUGUAUGACAAUGAUAGAGGCAUUUAUACGCUUUUUUAUCCUGGGUUAUCAUUUGCCUUUCCUAUUCCUACCCAAUAUAUGGGUUGCUGUCUUAGCGGAGAAGCUGAACUACCGUUGGAAUUUCCUGAUGGCACUACUCCAGUUACGUGCCGUGUAUCUAUUUAUGAUAGCUCUGCAGGCAGCAAAGUUGGAGUAGGCUCCUUAAUGGACAAGGCUUCUGUUCCUCUGCAGCCUGCAGGCAGUCUUUACAUGGAAGAAGUACAUGUUAUGCUUGGGAAUGAAUUACGGUUUACUGUUGGUGGACAGCAUCUUCCAUUUGGUGCAUCACCACAGGAUGUAUGGACCGAGUUAGGUCGCCCUUGUGGGAUUCAUCAGAAACAGGUAGACCAGAUGGUGAUUCAUUCUUCCACUGAUCCUCGUCCAAGGACUACCCUUUGUGCCGACUAUUUCUACAAUUAUUUCAGCCGCGGCUUGGAUAUAUUGUUUGAUGGACAGACCCACAAGAUCAAGAAGUUUGUAUUGCAUACUAACUAUCCAGGGCAUGCGGAUUUUAAUACUUACAUGAAAUGCAAUUUCAUUCUCCAUAGUUCGGAUUUUGAUGGUUCAUGCAAUCCUGAAGGAAAAACUUCAAAGAACUGCAUUACUUCAAGCACAAAAUGGGAGCAAGUCAAGGACAUUCUGGGAGACUGUGGCCGUGCAGCUAUACAAACACAAGGAUCCGCCAGCAAUCCUUUUGGCUCUACUUUUGUCUAUGGUUAUCAGGAUGUGGCAUUUGAGGUUAUGAAGAAUGGUUAUAUUGCAACCUUGACCCUGUUCCAGUCAUAAUCAAAGUAUUCAUCAUCAUCCUCUUCUCUUCACAUAAACUUGGAAACAACCCACGCAUAGUAUGAUGAAGUUGUAGAAUGCUACAUUUCACCCUUUGUACAGUUGACUCCUGCAACAUGGAUUUAUUUAUUUCUAAAUAAAUAACAUGUCUUUCUGAAAUUA